AUGAGUGAUAAGAAGACAGAAGAUAUAGGUGAUGGUGGAGCUUUAGAUUCUCAAGUAAUUGCUCCGGGAAUUCAAAGAAAUUUGGAAAAGGAAGUAAUUGCUGGGUUUACAUUCAAUAUUUUACUAUAUCCUUUGAUCUUAAUAUAUUUCAUUUCCACAUUUGUUUAUGUAAAUAGGAAAAUCAUACCAUAUCUGUUUAUAGACGAAAAGUUCCACAUUAACCAAACUAUAACUUACAUUAAGGGUGAUUGGGCUCAAUGGGACCCUAAGAUUACGACACCGCCAGGCCUCUAUAUCCUUGGUUGGUGUAACUAUCACAUAAUAAAACCGAUCUUCAAAAGUUGGUCAAAUUUGACGAUACUGAGAUUGACAAAUUUAAUGGGUGGCUUGCUAAUUUUACCGAUAUGCAUAUUAAGGCCACUUUUCCUAUUCAACGCAAUUGGCUUCUGGCCUAUCUCCUUAAUGUGCUUUCCUUUGAUGUCAACAUAUUAUUAUCUUUACUACACAGAUGUUUGGUCCACUAUAUUGAUUUUACAAUCCCUCACUCUUGUAAUGACUUUAAGUUGCGGCCCCAAAUUGAGUAUAUGGCUAAGUGGCUUGUUUGCCGGUCUAAGUUGUAUUUUCAGGCAAACAAAUAUCAUAUGGUCUGGUUUUGUCAUGUUAAUCUGCAUCGAAAGGAAAGCAAUGAUUACAAAACAGUUCAAUAGCAAUAAUUUCAAUAAUUAUUUAAAGUGCUUCAUCCUUUCUAUAGAGGAAUUUAAGGACGUGACCUUACCAUAUUUCAUCAAUUUUAUCUUAUUCUUCUUUUAUUUACUCUGGAAUAGGUCAAUAACAUUAGGAGACAAAUCGAAUCAUACCGCUGGCCUUCAUUUAGUUCAAAUUUUUUACUGCUUCACUUUUAUCACUGUUUUCAGUUUACCGCUAUGGUGCUCGAGAAAUUUUUUAAAAUCAUACAAAUUGAGAUGCCUCAGUAGACCAGUUCGUACAAUAUUCGAAUUGCUAGGGAUAAUGCUGAUAAUAAGAUAUUUUACAAGCGUUCAUCCCUUCUUGUUAGCUGACAACAGACAUUACACUUUUUAUUUAUUUAAAAAAUUGAUAGGUAGAAAAUCGAGAUUGAUUAAAUAUGCGUUAAUGUCCAUCAUCUACCACUUCUGCUGUUUCAAUUAUAUGGAGUUGAUGAGGCCGAAUGAAAUGGUUUUCAAUACAAACCAGCCAUUACCUAUUAAGGAUCAAACCCAGUUACCUGUUCAAUUAACUCACAUUUCAUGGACCGGUUUACUGUUAUGUACGUUCAUCACCAUUGUACCUUCACCACUAUUUGAGCCAAGAUAUUAUAUUCUACCGUACUAUUUUUGGAGAAUCUUCAUAACCUGUAAUGCAGAGCCCAUUUUCGAAAAAUUGGAAAUUAAGACGGAGGUGAACAACGAAGAGUCCGUCACGAUCGAAUCUACUGGAAGACUUCUUUGGGAAUUUCUCUGGUUUAUGUCUAUUAAUAUUUUCACAUUAUUGGUUUUUACUUACCAUCCAUUUAAAUGGGAUGAUGAACCAUUUUUACAGAGAAUUAUUUGGUAA